CUUUUGACUCAUUUUUCUUCUCUACUACUACAAACACUCUCAGUUAAAUUAUACCUCACUCUUUUUCAAUAUCCUUUGGCGCACCUCAAAUAAAUUAUUAAGUAUUUGUCACUUUCUACCAGCAACACAAUUAAUUUCUAGCUAUCGGCCACCUCCUGCGAGCAACUGGUAAUUUGCUCCCAUUAUGGGAGACAAUACGGCGUUGUUUUCGCUUCCUCCGGGUACCCGAUUCUACCCUUCUGAUCAACAGAUAAUUCGUCACUAUUUAUCUCCAAAGAACGAUGCCGAUCACCGGAACGACGUUCAAUUUGACCUAAUUAAGGAAAUUGAUCUCUAUAAUUUCGACCCGGUUAACUUACCGGAUUCCGCCCGUUUUCUAUAUGGCCGAGGUGGUCGGAAAAAGCACUGGUUUUAUUACGUGGCUAGGGUUUUGAAGGGAGGAAGGAGGAGGAUAAGUGGUGGUGGUGGUUAUUGGAGGAAGAGAGGUGGAGUUAGGGAUGUGGUGAGUGAGGGUGCAGGGAAAGGUGUGGUGGGGACGCGGAAAAGUUUUGUAUUUUAUUCGGGGGAUUGUGGUAAGAAUGCUGUGAAGACUGAUUGGUUGAUGUAUGAGUAUGCUUUAGCUGGUCAUCCUAUGGCAUCUUUUGUUCUAUGCCGAGUAUUCAUCAAAUCUCAUCAUAAAAAUAACUUGUCAGGGCACAUAUUUAGUUCCUAUGGUGAAGAAACUAUUGCCAUGGUCCGCCAUAUAGGUAUUCAAUAUGAUGGAACAGCUGCAUUGGUUACUGACUCGAAAAUGCAUGAUGAAAAUACCAUUGACCAGGAGAAUGAUGUCUCAAAGUUACCUGGUGGAUUAGCUACCGACGUAAAUGGUCAAGCUGUUGCAGAAAAUGUCACCGAGCAGAUUGGUUUUGAGAGCGACAGACCUCCAUUCCUCGAUGGUUUUUCUGUUGAGGAAUUGAUGGCCAUUGAAGAAGGAGAUUUUAUAGAGUUGGAUGACCUUCUAUGCCCGCUUCUGGGCAUUAACUAAAAGAAAGUAACAAAAAUCUGUUGCAUGUACUAUCGACAUGAAUCCCGAGAAGUACAAUCAGCAACAAGCUCAAGAAAAUAGCAAUUGCUAACUAUCCCAAGCAAGUUAUCUUUGGAAAUUACUAGCAUGAAGUUCAUGCCGGAUUAUAUCAGUGAAGUCAUCAAAAAUGAUUAUAUCAGUGAAGUCAUCAAAAAUGAUUAUAUCAGUGAAGUCAACAAAAAUGAUUAUAUCAGUGAAGUCAACAAAAAUCGUAUUCAUGUCACUUUUCAUUGCAUUGGAAAGUUAUAUUUUAAGUUAUCAUAAAAAGAAUGACCGAUAUCAAAUUGAGAUAUCACUUCCGACAGAGACAAUCAUUGUCGAAAGUCGGCUCAAGAGAAUUAGAUCGAGUGAUUAAUUGCUUAGAUUAUGCUGUUGUCAAGAUGAUAUCUUGACAGUUACUAAAUUAUGAGAUCAUGUAUACAAUGUCUGAUUUCUGAGAAUCAGCUCAAGAGAGUUGGUGUGAUGAGAAAUGAGGCUCACAUUUUACAACUUUACAAUUACUUGAAUAUGAGUGAAGAGUUAAAGUCACCUAAUCCAUUGUCAUGAUUGAUGGGGAUCAGCUCAAUGGUAUUAGACAGCGCACCUGGAUGGUUAUCUUUACAGUUAUCAAAUUUUAACAGUUAAGUCACCUGGAUCGUUAUCUUAACAGUUAUCAAAUUUUGAGGCCACUUUAUACAGUUUCAUGAUUGGUGAAGAUCAGUUCAUUAUACCACCAAUGGAUGUGAUGCAGCAGAUGGAGCUAUUCCUUCCUUAACCAGAGUUCUCGGGUUCGAGCCCUGGGUAUAGAAAAAUCCUUGGUAGGGAGAGCUUCCCCCCGAAAGGGGCCCUACGCGGCGGAAUCUAGAUUAGUUGGACUCAAUGCGGGUACCGGACACUGGACACCGGAUAGGAAACCAAAAGAAAAAAAAAAAAAAAAGAUCAGCUCAUGAUAAUAGAUGGAGGAAUAACAAGAAUAUAUUUACUCAAAAUUACCUGGAUGGAUAUCUUGCUUAGUGGCUUAAUGAGUCAAGUCACUCAACAGGGUCAUGAUCCUAAAAAUCAGCUGAAGAGAAUUAAACUGGGCAGCAUUAUAUGCUUACCUGGAUGGAUAUCUCAACAGUUAUCAAAUUAUGAGGUCAUUUCAUACAGUGUCAUGAUUUCUCAAAAUCAGCUGGAUCAGAUUAGAAAGGUCCAUAGUUUACAAUUAUGCAAUUACCUGGAUGCAUGUAAUUGUAUAUGGCAGAGUGUUGCCAAAAUUCAGCUCAGCUGUUCAGGAGAGUUAAGACUCGGCGAGUAAUGAUUGUCUUGUAACUGGAUGGAUAUCCUAACAGUUAUCAAGUUAUGAGGACACUUAAUACAGUGUCAUGAUUGCUCAAAAUCAGCUCAAGGGAAAAGAUCAGGUGAGAAGUUUGGAUUACACAUAUACAAUUGGGUGGAUGUCUUGUUAUAUGGGUUUGAGUUGAUUCACUUCAAGAAAUGUGAAAAGUUAAACGACAGCAGCAAUAACAGGGAUGGAUAUCUUGUAUAUGGUGAAGAGUUGAAAACAAAAGCAACAACAGUUGUAGCAUUUACAUGGAUAUAGAUAUCUUCUAUGUACUGAAAAGUUAACAGCAGCAAAAACAGCAAAUUGCCAUAAUACCAAGCAAGUUGGAUAGGGAAGAGUUAACAAGUUUUUCCAAAGACAAUAGAAUUUGACAAUGUCAGUUAUGAGUUGACAAAUACGUCACAACACCAGUUCUCUUGCUUUCAAGACCAGCAAUUUUGGCUCCUUGAUCAGCGAUAACCAUGGUGAUAUAGUAAAGGUAGAUAUCAGCAUGAGGUUAUUGGUACAUUUUGGCAAACUUUGAAGAGUAACAUAAAAUCUCUGCAUCACCUUUUUCUGCUUCGCAAGUCUUGCAUUUCUAGCAGUUGUGCUAAGUAGUAGUAGCUUGUGCAGAAUGUGAAACUUCCAAGGUCCAUUUCCAAAUUAGUGUGUUUUUAGAAAAUCCUAGUAAAAGAUUGUAGAGUUAUCAGAAUCUACCCUCUCUUUUACAUCAAGUACUUUGGUAUUUGUACUAUAUGUUCUUUAGGGGUCGUUUGGUAGAGUGUAUAAAAAUAAUGUUGAAUAAGAUGUAUUAUUAAUGUUGGUAUUAGUUAUGCAGACAUUAUCUUUUAUACAACGUUUGGUUUGAUGUCUUAUAGAUGAUAUAUAUUUUUAUAAUUUUAUAAAAAAUGUUUGUUUACCAAAAUAUCCUUCCCUGUACACUAUCUUUUAUCUUUUAUGUACUGACUCUUUCCCUGAUUUUAUCCACAAAAUUUUUUAUUUUUUAUUUUUAAAAAAAGAGAAAACAAAGAAGCUUUUUCGUUUUCAUCCGAAAAUGAAAUCUGCGAACCUGAUAUGGUGGAAAGAGGAAAGGAGAAUUUUACAUGCAAAUCACAUGCACCUUUAAGAAUCAAAGGGUAAUGGGAUAGAAUUUGAAGAUUUGGGAUGUCGUUUGAGAGGAUUUGAACGUCAUUUUGAAGUUGUGGUUCUUUGUUGUUCGUUGUAUUGAUGUUGUUUCUGGAAAAUGGGAGGAGAGUAAUAACAAUGAAAUAUUUUGAGGGGCGAUAAUGUCAUUUAUCAAGUUAAUGCAUGUGUUUAAAAGUUUGGUAUUAUUAAUACAUUGAAAAUGAUGUGUAUUAUACAUAGGCUAAAAACAUGCACCAAAAAAGGUACUAGUAAUACACAUUAAUUUUCCUAUGCACUGACAGUACUUCAUGAAGCUUGAAACUGUUGUUGUACUCUAUUAACACUACGAAUGCAGAGGAACUAAUGGUAUUACUUUGGACGGUCUAUUCUGGUCUCUGUAACAUAGAAUGGUCGGAAGGGUAACACUCAUGAAAUGCUACAGUUAAGAUGCUUGGUGGUAACUGUCUUAUGCCAUGGAGUGUCCAAUUUUGUUGCAACAUUCUAACAAAGAGAUGGGCGUCACGAAUCUUCGUGUAUCUGGAAAAAGUAAGCCUUACCUCAAAGUUUCCAGACGAACUUUUGGGUAUUUGGUGAAGAGGCUAUGGUUUUUCUCCUUGCAAGAUCUGAAGAAAAAGACUGCCAAUGGUCUUCGUCCCCUCGGGAAAAACGGACUGAGAAAGAUGUAAAACCUUUUCAGUAAAUUGGUUUAUCAUCAUCUCUAUGUUCUCAAUUGUUUUAUUUCAGAUGGUCCUUUUAUCGGUUGCAGAAUUUGGUUAAUGGUGUCAUGUGGCCAGAAGACUUAGCAGAAAAAGUAACGGCUAAAUUGAGAACAAUAGCAUGUGAGUGUUUUAUGUAUGUAGAAAGAGCUUUGUGUUUUCUUAAAUAACAGUUUCACUCUUCUGGAAUAAAAGAACAUCUUCCCUUUAUUAUGCAAAUAGACCCCUUUAGGAUUGAUUACACGACACACACCGCCUUUUUGCAUACAAAAAUGGCAUACACAGCAAAGUGUAGGCUUAGUUUAAGACAGCUAUUAAAUGGCACAUUCAGAAUUUAGGCGGUGUGAGUUUUGAAAUAGUUGUCAAAGAAUGCCUCCUUUAAGGAGCUUGACAUCACUCAUUUUACAUUGAAAGGUUAAGGACAUAUGCCACAGGCUGAAGUGGUAAGUAUGAAUUAUCUGUUGCAUACAAUAGAUGUCGAUAUGUUGCCUUUUUUAAUGUAAGAUCCAAACUAUAUCAGUGCCGAUGUGGUUAUAUACAGUUGUUGGGAUCUUUUUUCCUUCCUUCUUCUUAAGAUGACUUUGAAUUAUAGUCUUGAAUGUACUGAUGCAUGCCAAAGUAUGCUUUAAGCAUGCAGCCUUACAUAUAUACUCAAAAUAAUGCUGUUUUCUUAGAGGUGAAACAUGCAAUUGAUUGAAGUUGUUAUCAAUGAAUUAGCAUCAAACUCUCUCUCA